AUAAUUCCGGAAGGGGCGGGGCCUGUUACCAUGGAAAAUUGUGUUCGCUUGUUUACCUCGCGGAAAACAUGGAGGAUGUGUUGGAUCUCGGGGAGGCUCCGAGCCGGAGAACUGGGGUAAAGAUGGGACGUCGAGCUCGUGCAGCUCAGGAAACCCAGCAGGAAACAGCUGAUGUGUCACGGAACCAGACUGGAAGAGAGGGCCCACCUAAACCUUUACGGCAAGGAGGAUGGGCAGAUGACUCGUCUGGUCCUUCAAAGUCUACAAGGCGAAUGACUGAUGAUGUGGAAGAUAGCCGUCUGAAGCAGCAAAGCCUGGAUGAGUCAGAUGAAGGAGAAGACAUUCCAGUGAUACCAGAUCUUGAAGAUGUACAGGAAGAAGAUUUAGCUCUACAAGUAGCUUCCCCCCCAAGUGUUCAGGUGAAUAGAGUUAUGACAUACAGGGACCUGGAUAAUGACCUUAUGAGACAUGCUGCCUUCCAGUCUCUGGAUGGAGAUGUCGAUCUAAAACUUCUUACUAAAGUGUUAUCCCCAGAGCCAGAGGAGAACGUACGGUGGGAUUGGGAUUUACUUUUUACAGAGGUGUCAUCUGAGCUCAUCACAGAAUGGGAUGUGGGGAAGAUGGAGAAAGAAGACAUGCUGAAACCCAGCCCACUAGUGAGCUGAUGGUUCUUGGUUUUCAUUUCAAAAGUUAUUUAUAUGUAUACAAUAAUUAAAGAUGUUUAAGUAAACACUCUAA